AUGGCCUCGGCCCAGCAAAUCGUGAUGCACCCGUAUGUCUCGAACCUGGCACUGCAGCUCAAGUUCUGGAGCACCACAGUAGGUCGUGACAAGUCCGCGCGCGCUGUCCAGUACUUGGCGCGUUUCUUGGCCUGGUACUUUGUGACGAUGGGUGCGACCAAGGAGACGGUGACGCGUUUUUCGUCGAUCAAGUCGAGCAUUGCUCUGAGCCGCAAGCUCUUCCGUGUCGGCAAGUUCCUGGAGCAUUUCCAGGCUGCCAUGAAGGCACUUGCCAUGCCUGAUCCUGUGCUCAGGGCGUUGGCGGUGGGUCGUCAGCUGGGCUAUGCCUUCUACCUCAUCCUGGACGCAUUCCAGUGGGUCCAUGGCUCCAAGGCGUACCAGUUCGAAAAGGCCACGUACGAGAAGAUCGCGAAGAACGCCGCGCGCUUCUGGCUGGCCGGUCUGACGUUCUCGCUGGUCAGCGGUCUGUACAAGCUAUACAAGCUGUCGGAGCGCACCAAGCUCGCUGUGCGCCCCAAGGCCACGGCCGAAAAGGAGGCAGAGCGCCGCGUCGAGCUCAACCAGAUCUCCUCGGAGACCAAGGCUGUGCGUCUGCAGAUGCUGCAGGACUGCUGCGACUGGGUCAACCCUGGUACGGCGACGGGCCUGAUCAACGCCAACGACGGUGUUAUUGGCCUGGCUGGUGUCCUUUCGUCGUGCCUCGGCGCCAACUCGCAGUGGAAGAAGGUGCACGGUGCUACCAAGUAA